AUCGUUACUAGUAUUAUUACCGAACAGCGAGACCCUAUAUACCUAGGGUAUAAUAGAACUAGUAAUUUGCCUAAUAACGACUUCCUAUAUAAGUAUAACCCCUACAUAGUAGACGGCCGUAUACUUAGUAGGGAGGAGAAAGGGACGCUAAACUUACUAUUAAAGAGGGAGGUCCGCCGGUCCCUAAAAGAUAAGAAUACCGAGUAUAUAGUCUUAUAUACUAUAGCGGGCGAGGACUAUAAACUAACGACUAACGACCUUCGCUUAGCUAAGCUAUUUAGGAAGUUUACCGAUAUCUUUCCUAACGACUUACUAAAGGAGUUACCCCCCGAACGUAACUUCGUCUAUUAUAUUAAUAUUAAUACCGCCGACCUAGUAAAUAUAAAUACUUAUCCCCUAUUUUAUAAGAAGCUUAAGGAGCUUAGGAAAUAA